UGGUUCAAAGAAUUCAAUGAUGAACAGAAAAAUCUUGUUCUGAAAAAUUUCAUUAAUGAAUGUGAGCAAUCCCAGUUUCACCUCCUGUCAAUGGUCAUGUCUCACAGGAUGCACCAGGGCUGUCCUGCUAACUGUCAGGAUCCACUGACUGUCCUUCCUGAGAUUGUUUCAUCAAAAAUUUUAUCUUAUCUUGACGCAGGCAGUUUGUGCAAGUCAUCAUUGGUCAAUAAGAAAUGGCACCAGCUGACCAAUGGACAACACUUGUGGAGAAAGUUAUGCAGGGAUUCACGUUGGAACUUUCAAUGGGAUGAUGUUAAUUUCUCUAAAGAGUGCAAGUCUUCAGCUUUUGAUUGGAAAAAGCUGUACAUAGAAAAAUACAGACUGCAGCUAAACUGGUUGAAGGGAAGGUGCAACGUUAGGACAUUUGAAGGUCAUUCUCAAGGUGUGUCUUGUCUACAGUUUGAUGAUACGAGGAUUGUCAGCGGAUCGUCUGACAACACAAUUAAGGUAUGGAACAUAAGAACCAACAGCUCUUGGGCUGUUCAAACGCUGGUUGGCCACUCAGGUAAAGUAAGAUGCUUGCACCUGGAUCACAGCAGGCUGGUCAGCGGGUCGGCUGAUCUAACGAUAAAGGUGGUGUGGGACCUAUCUUUGAAGAAGAAUUGGGCCAGCAUUGCGUGUAAAGUUACUAUGAUUGGACACACAGAUACAGUCAGGUGUUUAAAAGCAGAUGACACAAAAGUGAUAAGCGGGUCGUACGACAAAACGAUAAAGAUUUGGAACAUUAAAAAUGGAGCAUGCGAAAACACCUUGAGAGGCCAUGAAGGGGCGGUGUUAUGCAUUUAUUUUGAUCAGGACAGAAUCAUAUCAGGCUCAAGUGAUUCAACAAUAAAGGUGUGGUCAACAAGCACAAUGACUUGCAUUCAAUCACUGACUGGACAUUUGGAUGCUGUGAGCUGUCUGCAGUUUGUUAAUAACAAAAUCGUCAGCGGUUCACUCGACUGCACACUCAGAUACUGGGACUUGAGGUCUGCCAGUUGUGUGAAGGUCAUCGAUUGGAUGGCGUCUGAAGGCCACACAAGGGUCAUCAGGUUGUGUCUUCAGGUCGAUAAAAGCAGAGUAGUUAGUGCAUCAGAUGACAAAACAAUUAAAGUUUGGAGUUUAGAAACAGGCAAGCGUUUGGUUACACUAAAAAACCACACGGAUGGGGUGACGUGUUUGCAGUUCAAUGAGGAUAUGAUCGUGUCAGGCUCCUAUGAUAAAACCGUUAAACUUUUGGACUUUAGUUGUUGUUGA